AAAUUUAUCAUAUCGGUAUCGGACAUAAAAAAGUGGUAUUGUGCCAUAAUCAUAACAAGCAUUAUAUUAUGCAAGCAGGUAGUCACCCAUCAUUAUCAUGUUCAGAUGUCAUUUUCUGGUCUAAAUAUGGCCUUAAAAAUGUGGCCCCUUUGUGAGUAAAUUAGUUUUAAAGACAGGCUUUUUACAAAACUAUCUAAAUGUAACAAUGAUUUAUAUUUACCAAAUCUUGAACAUAGCUGUCACGUGACCUCUGGGGUUUUUUUUGUUUGUUUUGUUUUUUUACCAGGUAGAAACGAUGGAGUCUCUUAUUGAGCUGCUUUUGGAAACACUGGCUGAUCUCAGUCACAGCGAGUUCAAAGACUUAAUACAACUCCUAUGGGAAAAAGCUGACUCUCUUAUUCCCUGGAGGCUGUUUGAGAUGUCAGACCUGCAGGACGCAGUGUUUUUAAUGGUGCAGACUUUUGGCCAACAGUCUGUGGAGAAGAUCAUUGAGGUUUUAACAGAAAUGAAGAUGACUGAUCUGGCUCAGAGGCUAAGAGGCAGCUCAGAACCUAAAAGUAAAAAGAUACAGAAUGAUUCUGGCUACAAAAGUGAAAAACAUCUGGAUGAACAUCUGUCUGCACUGAUUCACAAAGUUGCAACAAUGGCAGCUGUUAAAGAGCUUCUUUUGGAAACACUGGAGAGCUUUAGUUACAGCGAUCUCAAGGAAUUCAUUUGGUUCCUGCAGUUUACACGUUUUCAGAAGGGUCUUCCACAAAUCCCACUUAGAAAAAUCAGAAAACAUAUAGUGCAUGUCAUGGUGAACACAUGUGGUCAGCAGUCUAUGGAGGUAAUCAAGGAGGUGUUCAUGGACAUGAACAGAAGUGAUCUGGUGCAGAGGCUGUCAGAGAGCAGCUCAGCACUCAAAACAGUCAAAACAGAGAAACAUUGUGUGGAUAAAAGCUGGCCGGCACUGAUGCAGAAAGUAGAAACGAUGGAGUCUGUUAUUGAGCUGCUUUUGGAAACACUGGCUGCUCUGAAUGAUCUGAAGUUUGAAAACUUCAAGCUGGUCCUGAGUGAAAUUCAUCAUCAGAAACAUAGCUCAGAUAUCCCAUGGAUAUGGUUCAUGUUGAAAGACCUGCAGGACACAGUGUUCUUAAUGGUGCACACUUACGGCCAGAAGUCAGUGGAGAUGACCGUGGAGCGUUUAAAGGAGUUGAAGGAGACGGAUCUGGCUCAGAGGCUGUCAGACUGCAGCACGGAAACUAAAAAGAAACACUCUGUGGAUGAACGACGCUCUGCACUGAUCCACAAAAUGGCAACAAUCGCAGCUGUUAAACAUCUGCUUUUAGAAACUUUGAAUGAUUUGAGUGAUGAGGAGCUGAAGAAAUUUAAGAGGCUCUUACAGAUAUUUUUUCCUUUGGGGACUCUGUCAUAUAUCUCAUGGAGGUUGAGUCCAUCAUCAAACAGAGCAGAUGUAGUGAAUCUGAUGAUGGAUGAACUUGGUCAGCAGUCUGUGGAGGUGACCAGAGAAGUUUUCAUGUACAUGAACAGAACUGAUCUGGUGCAGAAGUUAUCAGAGAGCAGCUCAGCAUCCAGAGAGAAACACGCUGUGGAUGAACAUGGAGCUGCACUGUUGAAGAGAAAAGCAGCGAUGGACAGUGUUGGUGAGAUUGUCUUGGAAACACUGAGUUGUUUGACUCAAAGGGAUCUCCAAAAAUUCAGGCUGUUGCUGCAGUUAACCUGCUUCAAGAAGGAACUGCCACAAAUGGAGAGAGAGUACACAGAAACAAAACACAAACUAGUGGAUCAGAUGGUGGAUAAACUUGGUCAUCAGUCUGUGGAGGUGACCAUGGAGGUUUUAACAGACAUGAACAGGACUGAUCUGGUGCUGAGGCUGUCAGAGCUCAGCAAAGAACAAGAACCUAAAAGAAGAUUGAAACUUGAGCAGGACUCCAGUGAUUGGACUAAACUUGAACCUGAGGUGAACAGUACAGAUGCAGACGAGGCUCCAACUUACAGCCUUCAGUCUGCAGCAGGACACUUUGAAUGCAGAGUCUCGGGCUUGCGCUGGGUCUGUAAGGGAAAGACCAGCUUUCAGUACCAGUUUAGAUCUUGGGAGGGACACAUGGAGAGGAUGGAGAGCAGACAAUACAUGCCUGCAGGUCCUCUGAUGGACGUCACAGUCACUGCUGGGAAGUUAAAUGAAGUUCACCUGCCACACUGGAUCUGCAUCGAUGACAUCCCUGACAUAUUGGACAUGUUUGCAGUCGUUCACAUAGAUGACUGUGGAGAUGUUGUGGAAAAAGUGUCUGAGGUCACACCAACACAUGUCAAGUUAACUGAACCAAAUUUCUCGACAAUUGGGGACAUAAUACGUUCCAUAUUUUCUCCAAAAAUCAGCUGUUACAUGUUGAUGUACUAUAAACCCAACACAUCAUUCCUCAAACUCCACGUCUACCUGAUACGACAGGAUCCUGCUCUGGAACAGGAAAUUGCUGAGAAAUAUCGUGAGAAAAAUGAUGAGACAAAAUCCGAUUUGAAAUUUAAAAAAAUCAUAAAGCAUCCCCCAGACCAGUACCUGCAAACUGAGCGUCUUUUCAGCCUCAAAGCCGACGACACAAGUGCAAAAAUUCAACCGGAGGAGUUAACCCUCAGGUACAAUAAGCAAAACUUCUAUGAGGUGUACGUUAAGAAUCCAGGCAGUGAACUCAUACUCACACUGGUGCACACUCACCCAGCUGAUGGUGAACCAGCUGAUGAGCCACUAUGGAAAUGUGAAAUUCGAGCAGAUGACCAUCCAGAGUCUGGUCAAGCCGAAGCUGCAGGAUCCUCAGUGGGAGCAGCUGCUGUCAGCUCUCUGUCGGCUGAGGAAAACACUGUGGACAAACAUCUGUCUGCACAGAUGCAGAAAGCAUUAACAGUCCAAUCAGACAAAGAGAGACUUUUGGAAAUGUUAGAACAUCUGGAAAAGGAGGAGCUUGAAAAGUUCAAGUGGCUUUUGGUGGAGCUCAAACCCAUCCCAAAGAGCAAACUGGAGGAGGCCAACAUCUGUAACCUGGUGGAUCUGAUGUUCGGGGCCUACACCCAACAUACUGUGGAGGUGACCAAGAAGGUUUUUAGGAAAAUGAACAGGAAUGAUUUGGUGAAGAAGUUGUCAGACACGAGCUCGAGAUCCAAAGACUGACAUCAACAUGAUGAGAUCAGGUCUCUGUGGGUCUGACCGUCUGCUGCAGGACUCUUUAUGUCUCUGACUCUCUGUUCGGGCUCGUUGUCCUGCUGCAGGAUCGAUGCGUCACUCUUAGUCCUGGUGAUGGAUCAGAAUCUGUACUUUAACAUUCGUGAGAUUCUAAAUAUCAAACUCAGUUUCCAGAGUUGCAGCUGUGAACCUGCACAGAGCCUCCAUGAUGUUUCACUUUUACCUGCACACACCUGAUCCAGACAGUGAGCAAAGGAACAUCUGUGUGAAUCUACACAGCAUGGCUUUGAUUUGCUGCUUGCUGCAUGAACUGAUAAACUCUGAUAAAUUAUUAUAUUUUCACUGGUGACAUGGGGCUAAAAAUAUGAUCAGAUUUAUCUACACGUUUUCUUUAUUAAUGUGACAAUGUUGGCAUCUGUGGCUGUGUGGACGAUGAGAGGAAAUGUAAAUGUAAAAAGAAAUGAAUUUGUUUUAGUGGUUUUCUUUGUGUUAUGUUUUUUGUUACUCAUGUGAAAUGACUGCAUCUUGAAGCAUGAAGAGAUGAUUUUACAGUGAGUUCCUAUCUUCUGUCAUAGCAGCACAUUCAGUUUUUUCUAGCAGUACAGUGUGUGACAGACUUUACAGGGAGCCUGUUGUGCUUUUCUUCAUUUUUUUCACUUUCAUACUUCAUAUAAAUAUUGUUGGUUGAUGCUCAUAUUGAACAUGAUCUUUUUCCCUCUUCUUGUGGUCGUUGCUCAGUCUGGUUUGGAGGAGAAAAGCUUCCAGACCAACUGGGUGAAGGUUUGACGUUACUGAGGAUUACAACAUGUCUGUUUGUCAUAUUUUAAUCAAGGAGAAUUUUUUUUUAAUUAGAUAAACAUUGGAGAAUUUUAUACUUUUUUUUUUUUUGCUUUUUUACUAAUUCUUUUCAAAAUAUUCUUUUAUCUGAUAUAAAGAACUUUAAACCAAUCACUGCCUUGUUUGUCAAAGCUGCUGUACAAAUAGCUACAACAGUGAUGUCUGUUUACUGUAAGACGGUCAUUUUAAAAUGUUUUCUUAAUUUUAAAAUCUGUAAUAAUCACGUCUGAA